AAAAGUUAUCUUGGAAUACCUUUGCCCCUCUCCAUGGCUAGACCAGACCUCAUCUUUCAACUUCUUCUUCUUCUUGGCCUAAUUCAUGUAACCUGCAGUAGUGCCAAAGAUAAUCAGCAGCAAUAUUGUCCCCCUUCUUCUUGUGGAAAUAUUCCAAACAUUCGCUUCCCUUUCUGGUUAAACACCAAUACGCAUAACUGUACUGGGCUCCCAGCAUAUAAUCUGUCUUGUGAGAACAACCUCGCAGUAUUGUAUUUAGGAUCAGCAAAAUUCUACGUUCAGGCUAUUGAUUAUGAUAAUCUAACAAUCCGAGUGGUAGAUGCCGGGAUUCAGAAAGGUAACUGCUCCUCCAUACCUCAAUAUUACGUGUAUGGCCGUUACUUCCACGACCAGCUCCGGUGGCCGUGGGUGUUAGAGGAACUUGUUUUCAUAAGCUGUGGAAACCCUGUAAAUGCUUCCGAUCUCUCUGUUGGCGCCUCUGCCAGCGUUUUCGAUCUCUAUGUUGAUGCCUCUGCCUGCGUUAAUGCCAGUUCGUUCUCCACGUCUUACCAGCCUGAAUCCAAUGGCAGCAAAAGGUAUUAUUAUGUCAAAAUCGGCGAUUUUAAACCGCGGGAGUUAAAAAGCACUUGCCGGAUUGAGCUGAUAUCACUUUCCCGGUUUUCACGGGAAAAGAAUUACAGAAACCUCUCCUACUUGGAAAUUCACCGUCAGCUGGAAUAUGGAUUUGAGCUCUCGUGGAAGAAAGCUCCUGGCU